UCCGCCUGCUGCCCGUCCCGUACUCGUUCCCCCUCCCACCCCCCCUCCCCACCUUCCGGGCAGCAUGUGGGGAGCGAGCCCGGGCUGGGCGGCCGAUGCGGUGAGUGCGAGCGGGAGGGGGAUGGGGGAAACGGCCGCUCCUUCCGCCUUUUUCCUCCUCAGACCGGCUCCGUCCUACGCGCGCCCCGCAGGCCGCUUCCCUUCCCCUCCCGCUUCGCCUCCGCCGGCGAGCGCGCUGCCAGGCCGGGGAAGGGGGUGGGGGGCGUAGGCCACCAUCUUUGGGGAAACCUACGACCCAGUUGGAGAGGUACUGGUGCUGUGCGUAGAUCGACCACUCUGCCGCGUCCGUGAGCUCUAAUGGGAUCAGUUCUGGAGGUGGUCGGUAAAGGGGGUGAAUGCAACGGUGGUCCCCUGCAGCACAGAGGGGGAAAUGCUUCAAAGGACAUCAGAAGAUUUUUUUCCAAAGGUGGAAAGUUCAGCUGAAGAAAUGGAUACCUCUGAUACCCAGUGGGGCUGGUUUUAUUUGGCUGAGUGUGGUAAAUGGCAUAUGUUUCAGACUGAUUCAAACAGUCAUUGCUCUGUUAGCAGUGAAGAUAUCGAAAGGAGCUUCCAAACAAACCCACAUGGUUCUGUUUCUUUUACUACUGCUAAAUUUAACUACAUGCUAGACUUUUCAGUGAUGAAACAAACCAACCUAACUACCCUUAAGCAACGUCCAAUAAAACGAGCUCCCUUUUCUAUCAGUGCUUUCAGUUUCAUCUGUGAAAAUGAGGCUAUCCCUAUGCCUUCACACUGGGAGAAUGUAAAUACUGAGGAGCCAUAUCAGCUUAUUCCAUUGCAAAAGAAAACAAAUGAAUAUAAUGAAGUUUCUAGUCUCUUUGGAAAAACAAUGGAUAGCCACCGAAUUAAAAGAAUUAAGAGAAUACAAAAUCUAGACUUGUGGGAGUUUUUUUGCAGGAAGAAAGCUCAACUAAAGAAGAAAAGAGGUGUCCCAGCUAUUAAUGAGCAGAUGUUAUUUCAUGGCACCAGUAAUGAAUUUGUAGAAGCAAUAUGUAUUCAUAACUUUGACUGGAGAAUAAAUGGAAUGCAUGCUGCUGUAUAUGGAAAAGGGACCUAUUUUGCAAGAGAUGCAUCAUAUUCCAGUCGCUUCUGCAAAGAGGACAUGAAGCAUGGAGAUACUUUCCAAAUUCAUGGUGUGAAUCUGCAGCCUUAUUUGCAAAGACCAGAUAAAGUUAUGUUUCUCGCUCGUGUAUUAACUGGUGACUAUAUCAAUGGUGAUUCAAAAUACAUGAGGCCUCCUUCAAAAGAUGGAAGUUUUGUGAACUUAUAUGACAGCUGCGUGGAUAAUACCUGGAACCCAAAGAUCUUUGUUAUCUUUGAUGCCAAUCAAAUCUACCCUGAGUACUUAAUAGAAUUCUGUUAAGUUUAAAAAGAACUGAACUGAAUAUUAUUUGAGUCUUUUUGAUACUUUUGUUCCUUUUGUAAAGACCACAACAUAAAAACAUGAAGCAUGAAAGGAGAGAGGUGAAAGAAAAGCUAGCAUAUGUUUAUGGAAGAGGGAAGCUGUUGAACAUUUAAGAAAGACUGUUGAACUGUUUUUAAAAAUACGUAAACUUUACUAAUGUGUUUUUCAAAUAUAGAGAUUAUUACAAAUUUGCAGUUGCUUAGUGAGCCUUAAAUAUAUUGGGCAUUGGUAAGUUUUCAAAGGCAAGAUUUAUGUUUUGUUUUUUUAAAAUAUAUUACAAGUAUUUAUUCAUGUGGUAGAAAUAUACCCAUAAUAUAGUAUACAUAUGAUGAUACCAAUCUUUUAUGAAGAUUGUCUGUAGAACAUAAAAAUAACAGCAACCAAAAAAAACCCCAGGGAACUUGGCUACAUGUGUGCAUAUGUCUGUGUCUGUAGUACACAUUGCUCUGUGUUUGGAGGUCUCUUAGUUUGGAUUCUAAACCCAUAGAAAAAAUGAUCUGGAGAAAACUGAUGAAGGAGCUAUAAAGUUAACCAAAGCUGUUAUGUUUAACUUUAGGUACCUUUUACGGUAAGCUACAGUUACAUACUUGUAAAGAUUUAAUCAUAUAUUUGCAAAAUUGCAAAAUCCUUGCACUAGGUGUUGGACUUUGGUUUUGAUGGAAGUGAUACACAUAAGCUUUUGUGGUUAAUUGUUUGGUAUGUAAUUGCUGAGCUCAGUGUUGAGAUAUCAGCAGGUCCAUACACCUUUCUGAAUUCUUAUUCUAUAGAAUUUUUGCCCUCUUGUUAUAGUGUGCAUGUGCAUGCACUAACAUUCAUGCAGCUGCUAUGCUACUGUGAUUCUUGGUCAGGGCUUACGUAGUACUCAGUGCUUGUCUACUUUUUGUUACUGAAGACGAUGUUUAGAUUAAUUUUACUGGAAAUAAUACAGUUAAACUAACAAUGAAAAUUUCAAAAUAUGCCAUCCUUUAAGUUUUAAACACUUUAAUAGAAAGCUUUCAGUAACACGUGUUGAUCGGGUUUUCCUAACAGGUAUAGUUGUGAAGUUAAAGUGUGUUUUUCACAUGUAGAAAGAGCAAAAGAGACGGACGGUAUUUGGGUAAAGAACAAACCUGGGUACCUAAAUACAUGAAGAGCCUGAAGAAGGGGUUGCUUCAGUAAAAUGCACUGAAAUGUUAAGCCAUGUCCUACAAAAUUGUAUCCCUAGUGUGUGUUAAAGGACCUAAGGAGGACUAAGGUAGAGUAAAACAAGGUCUAAGUGGAAGCCUUUCAGGCUGCUUUGGCUACUACCAGUAACAAAUCCUUACAGAAAUAUAUAAUUAUGGCAGAUGCAGAAUAAUCUGUGUUAGUCUGUCAUGGAAUUGCUAAUGGACUUUUUGGAUCAAACGUUAUGUUUAAGAUCCGUUGUAUUUAAAAGGCACUGCAGCUGGCAUGACCAAGUCUGCUCAAAAUCACAUUAAACCUAUGGAACUAGAAGCAGAAUAUGACUACUAUCUGGCAUUAUAGCUGAAGAUGCAAAACAUCUGUUCCUCCUCCUUAGUGCUGUUAUCUUUGACUGUCAGUGGAUCUUGCACAAGUUGGGUGUCUGUAUUUGUAAUUUCAUGGCAGCUUUUCCUUUUGCUUCUCCUCCUAAACUGUCUAGGGCUAAGAUGCAUUUUCCUUUAUGUUGGUGCAACAGCGAGUAUGAUCUCUGAUCCCAGUUGGGAACUCCAGGUUCUCCUGUCGUAAACAUGAUUUGUGUUCAAUUCACCGCUAUGCUAGCUGUGUAAAAGGCACAUUGUUCCCCACAUUGUAUGAAAUAUUUAAUAGCAAAUCACACAGGGAAUUUGUAUAUUACUGACUCCUUUUUAUUCUUAUACAGUAUUCUACAGAACAUACAUUUUAUGAAGCAUAUAUGUGCUGUUCUUCAUUUUAUUUGGGCUUUUAUUUCUUCUGAGGUCUGAACUGAUAUUUUAGUUAAGAAACAUGUUCUUUUUUUGUGUGUCUCAUGAACACAAAAUACCAUAAUCUAUACUAAUUUUCCUGACUUUUCCAGUUGUUUGUGUGGUGGUAUCUUGUUUACUACUUAACUCACUUGAAUGGAAGUAUCUUAAUCUUACCAAAUCACUGUACAGUUAUAGUUUCAGCUGCGCUUUUAAUAUACUGUUCUGCUUUCUGGUGUCCAUUUUUGUCCUGAUGAAUCUUGAUACUGAGGGUAUCUGUAAAGUAGCCAUCCUUUUGUUGACAAGGGGAGAUUAUUACUGUAACUCUACAAGUGGCCAAUACAAGAAAUAGUUGGACUUAAUAAAAGGAACAAUGAGAGAGAAUAGGAGGAAAAUAAUUUCUUGGACUACAGAGCAUUAAAGAAAAGGGAUUUGGUCUGA